CCGCCGAAACCUUCCGUCGCGCUUAGUGACACAAAAAUUGCUGAAUUGCUGCCUUGCUUUGCGGCACCGCUGCGGUGGUAAACAUGGUCGCUACGUUCUGAAGUGAAAAGAAAAAGCUGAUAACAGGGCUGAUUGGUAGUUACAUAUAUCGGCGCGUACGGGCCAAGAGCUAGCAUUACUAGGUAUCUUCCUCGCAAUGGACAGGAAGAAGAAGCCGCUAGAAGUGACUGCAGCCUCGCUGGUAGAUCUGAAGGCUGAACUUUUUAGAAAGCAAGAGGAAUUCAAGCAUGAGAAGCUUUCUAAAGAUGCUGGUUUAUCAUCAAAGCCAAGAGCGGGCAGCAAGAAACCCAGCAUAUUUAGUAAGCAGAAUUCCGGAGUCACAGCACGAGCAGAAAAAGAUGUGGAAGAGAGGACUGAAGAGGAAAACACCUUGGAUAAAUCCAGGAAGAAACUAGAGGAGAAAGCUCUCUUAUAUGAAAAGAUGACAAAAGGAGACUUUCCAGAUGAGGAGACAGAGGAGCUGUUCCUGGUGGAUUUUGCUCAAAAAAUAAUUGAUAAAAGAAAUGAAGUGCAGGCUUUAUGUCAGAAGGACAAGAAAGAUGGUGGGGAGGACGCGGAUGGGGCCUCUGAUCUGCCAAUCCCAGCUGCACAGGAUCCCAGUGAGGAAUGGGUAGAUUAUGUGGAUUCACUGGGCAGAUCAAGACGCUGUAUGAAGAAAGACCUACCCCAUCUUCUGAAAAUGGACAGAGAGCUGAAAGGAAAGAGCUCAGCUGCGGAGGAGAAGACCCUUCUUUCUGAUGACAUGAGACGAGAGAUACAGCGGCAAAAGUGGGAGCAGGAGGAAGAGGAGGCCUUAAAUAGACCAACAGGACCCAUUCACUAUGAAGAUAUUCGAGAAAAUGAGGCCAGGCAAUUAGGUGUUGGGUAUUUCGGCUUUGCCCGCGAUCAAACUGCUCGUCACAAACAGAUGGAGACCCUCACUAUGCUGCGAGAUCAGACAGAGGAUCAGAGGCUGAAACGCGAGCGGUUGAAAGCAAAGCGCAAGUCCAUGCUGCAAGCACGACUCUCCAAACUGAAGCAGAGAAAGCUGAAGAACCUGAAAGGGGAGGGGGCAGAAGGUGAAACUGUACCAGAGGAAGAUUUUAUUGGACCAGAACUUCCAGAGCCAGAAGAACCUGUUGGGCCUGAGAAAAAGCUGGAGGUUGUUGUCCAGGAGCGGAGAGACACGAAACCUGGAGUUCCCCAUGUCCGUGAGUGGGACAGAGGCAAAGAGUUCACAUUCGGACACUGGUCCAAACCAAGGCCAGACCCUAGAGACGAGAGAGACCCUGAAUUUGCACCUCCGUCGUUCUACGCUGCAAAGCAGAAGACAAAAUCCGCGGGACGUCAUUCACAGCCUUGGAACCAGCCCGGCCCUUCCCAUGGGAAACUGAACUUUGGCUUCAAGCAGAAUCCAUGCCCUGAGCAGCAGCCGCAGCAGCCGCCCGGCCUCGGCAGGGACACCGAGCAGGAAGCAAAGAGUUUAGAUGACAUGAUCUCUUACUAUAGGAAAGUGUCGUGAUGCCGAGGGGGGCAGCCGGCUGGCUGGGACUCACAGCUUACAACUGCUUGUAUAGCCAUUGGAUCCAUUGUAAUAUAAAGCUCUUCCUUUAAGAAAUAUAUUUGCACAGUGUUCUCUGGUGCACACAGUGACGUAAUGUAUUGAUACAAAAUAUAUCAGAAGGUGGUUACUGCAAAAAUGACUAACUGAUUUCAUAGCAAAAUAUAAUAUUUUCCUUUA